AAAAGUUGGUCAAAGUAAACGACGAGAGGGAGGGCAUGAUAAGUAUGAAAAGAAAUAGAGAAAAGUAAAAAAGAAGUAGGUGGGCAUUUGAUAUCAUCUACAAGAACAAGCAGCAGUUGGGGAGGGGGUUGGGAGGUGGUAGAGGCAAGGAAUAAUGGCAGAGGUAAGCAUCAACAGCAGGCUGUUUGUGGGGAAAUCAUUGAUCUUGCUGCCAUUCUCAAAAACAUGUAGCAGUAUCAAUAUCAAUAUCAAUAUCAAUAUGAACAAGGUAUUAGAGUUGAGAUCAGGGAACAGGAGGAGGUUGAGGAGGGUUGUAUGCGGAAGCAAUGGAAACAAUAAUAAUAGCGAGGUAGGCGGCGGAGGUACUGGUACUGGUAAUACUAAUAAGAAGAAGGGAGUCCCAAAUUCGAAUUAUGUGGUGCCUUUGGAUAAAUCAUUCUCAUCAUCCUACUCUUCCUGCAUCACUCGUCCCCUUGCUGAGAUCCUCCGUGACCUCAAUAAGAGGAUUCCCGACAACAUCAUCACUCCUUCCAACACUUUCAUCCCCUGGUACCAUGCCAAUCGGAUGCUUAGCUUCUAUGCCCCUGGAUGGUGUGGAGAAAUACGCGAUGUUAUCUUCUCUGACAAUGGAAGCGUGACUGUGGUUUACCGUGUCACCAUAAGAGGAUCGGAUGGAGAGGCAUAUCGUGAGUCAACUGGGACAGUAUCACCCAGCGACGGCCAUAUUGUAGAUCCAGUUGCUGCGGCAGAGGAAAUAGCUUUUUGCAAAGCAUGUGCCCGUUUUGGCCUUGGCUUGUACCUAUAUCACGAAGAAUAGAUACUAUACAUGACAAAGGAAAGACCCUCCAAUAUGUUUCUAGUUGUUGCUCUUUCCCUUUUUCCUUUUUCUUUUUCUGUGUUUAUUUUUAAAGCAGUAGCUCUUGCGCAUUUGAAGAUCAGAAGAUUGUAUUUAAUGUCUUGACCUAUAGACUUGUGUAAAUAUCCAGCAUUUCCAGGUAAUCCAGUUUGGCUGCUGGACUAUGUAGAAAGUUUCAUAGCUGCCCGUAAGAUAAAAACCUUACUUUUUUUACCAAACAAUUGAAAGAGUACUACCCUUAUUCACACUA